GCUGCACACGCCGAAAUUUGGACAGUGGUACAAUUUAUCACGCAGCUGGUGGCUGCUUAUGGUGAGUUCUAGUUCGCCGCUGCAGAGCGCGGACGACACGAAGCGAACGGUUCCGGCGAGCUUGCGCCGACUUACAGAAUGUUAGAUUUUGCCAUAUUCGCAGUGUGUUUCGUCGUGUUUCUGGUGGCACUUGUACUGUACCUUUACCCGAGUUCCGCGAAACAAACGACUAUCCCUGGACUCGAGCCGUCGGAUAAAAAGGAGGGCAAUGUUGGCGACAUCGUCCAAGCAGGAGGACUGCAGAAUUUUCUCAUCUCCUUGCACAAGGACCAUGGACCUAUUGCAUCUUUCUGGAUCGGCACGAAACUGGUUGUCAGCAUCGGCAAAGUUGAUUUGUUCAAGACGCAAUCGCAUGUAUUUGACAAACCAGCUGAAUUGUUUGUGCUGUACCGUGACGUGAUGGGUGCAGGCAGCAUCUUCUUUGCAAAUGGAGCAGAGGCACGGAAAAGGCGCAGGCUCAUUGAUGAGGUGCUGACAGGAAAGUCUCUUGACAAGUUCCUAGGACCAAUAGAGAAGCUGUGCAGUGAAGUGGUGAUGCACUUGAAGGAUACUCCAGAUGACGAACAUGUGCCUGUGUACCAGUACAUGUAUGCCCUCUGCAUGAAGAUCUCUACCCGCCUGCUGUUCGGAGAGUAUUUCUACAAUGACAUGGAAGUGCUCAAAUUUAGCAGAAACUUUGAGCUGUGCAUAAAAGAACUUGAAGAGAUUGCCAAUGGUGUGGUGCUAGACUCAAACAGUCCUAGGACAAAGAAGUAUGAGGAAGCCGCAAAGGAGAUGAGGGCCCUGCUUGCAAAGGCAUUGCAGAAGUGCAAGGCAGGAGGUGACAACGCACUUCUGGCAAAUGUGUUGAAUGAUGCCUCUGUGCCUGAGGAGCAGGCCGUGGAUGACUGCGUCACAUUUGCAAUCAAAGGCUACUCUCUUGUUUCUGCCAUGACCUGGAUGCUGUACUUCCUUGCCACGCACCCUGAACUCCAAGACACCAUUGCUAAGGAAGUAAAGGAGACCGUCGAUAAAACCAAAGGCCUAUCCUGUCAAGCUCUCUUGAGCAUGAAGUCACUGCAAAACAGCAUCAAGGAGACCCUGCGUACUGCAACCGUUGAGCCGUGGGCAGCUCGCUGCCAAGAUGUGGACAUUGAUAUUGCUGGGCACAUCAUUCCCAAAAAGACACCUGUGAUUCAAGCAUUAGGAGUAGUUCUGCAUGAGCAAGAGAACUGGAAGGUGCCACAGAGGUUCGACACUUCAAGGUUUGAGGAUGCUCCGGAGGACCAGCUGGCCUUCUGCCCAUUUGGCUUUGCUGGCAAAAGACAGUGCCCGGGGCAGGACCUGAGCAUUCUGGUGAUGGGUAGUCUUUCUGGCCACGCUGUGCCCAGUGCUGAAGCUCACUUUGUAUCGGACCAAGUCGUCACCCCCAUGUCAGCACUGAUAACUCGACCGCAAGACGAGGUCUGGGUUACGCUCAAGAAAAGAUAGUCUGGCUCGCCUUCAAGACAAAGCACGAUACCUUGGCCUAUGCAGUUUCAGUCAACUGCGAAAAAAAAAAAAAAAGACUGUCGUUGGUGCCUGGCCUGAAUAACUUAUUGUGGGCCGUGACGAAAAUUAUGAAUCACUCGCAAGAAACCCAUGGCUGUGGCAAGGUGCGACGGUGGUGGUAGCAUAAGUGUUUGAUUUUGAUGGUUAAAAGAAAAUUAACAGAACCCUUAAUUUAAGCUGCUAUUUUGCACUUGAAAAAGGGAGAGCUAGGAAAAAGGUACAUGUAUCAUAAAUUUGUAACCGAAAGACAAACAGCGAACUAGAUGAGCAAGUUCCUGUGUAGAGUUGUUCUCAACCUUGUACGACUCUGGCAGGAGAACCUGCAUUGAUAAGAGCAAAGCAUUCAACAUGUUGAUAUGCACAUUGUAAGCAGUUCAUGCUUGUUGGGCCACCAACUGCUAGUGUCCCCAAAAUUACGGGCUGACAGCAUCUUGGGCCAUUUACAAAAUAAUUAUGAUCUGAAUGCCAACUUAUAUUCCUGCGAUUUCUUUGAGAGUUUGUGUGACACAGUCAUGCAUGCUAUAGAUGCCAUCAGGACAAGUAUUUCUGGGAAACAGUGUUUGAGCGUCUGGUCAUUGAGCUUGCAGGCACGUUCCCAAGUUCAGUGCAUUACUUGUUGAUUUGCUUCAAGUUCCUUCUUAAGGCACGUUUUGCUAGCAUUGCCUAUGCAUUAGUGGUGUCAUAAAACUUGAUGCACAAAAGCUAAACUGUAGUUUUUGUGCAGUCACCACGUUCCGUAAGCCACCACGACUAUGCUUUCUCACAACUAUUAGAAACGUGAAUUUUUGUUGUAAAAUUUUGCUAGACAAAUUGUACCUUUUGACAAGGUUUGUAGCAAGAGUGCCAUUAGCUCUGAAAACAUUAGUGAGUGGUUAGAGCAAUAACUAAGAUCAGUGACUAAAUCUAGGUUGUUGGUGUGUGUGUGUUAAGCCGGAAUUCCCCAUUUGAUAACAUUACGAUGUUAACAUUGCAUGUGUGUGCUGAUGAGUCAACUCCUUCACUGGAAACAUUCACAUUUAAAUGCACAAAAACCAAAUGCACGUAUGGGCAACGAGACUUUGGAGGCCUAUUACUGAGUGAAAGCGUGGGUGUCUGAAAUGAAUGUUAAUCAUGUUUACUUAAGCUGCAGUAACUUUCCUACAGAUUACGCACAGGUGAUGGGAAGUAUCACCACAACAAGGCUUCUUUUUAUAUUUGUGGUUCCUUUGGUUACAAUAAAAUGGUCAUUUUGGCAACUUUCAA